AAAUUACGAUUUAUUUAUUGUUCUUAAUUUCUCUUAAUUACGAUUAUCUCUUAAUGACAUUAACGGUUGAUUGGGCCUUAGCCCAAAUUACCUGGAACCCGAUUUAUUGUCUUUAUUAUGAUGUCCCAACAUCUCUCAGCUGAUGGAACCUUGGUAAUCAUUGUGAACACAUUUUUUUUAUAUUAUUAUUUUCCUCUCAUCUUUCAUCUUAAUUGUAUUAAUUUACUUUAAUUGCUUCUUGUGAUUGUCUCUUGUUUUUGCUUCUCUUAAAUGAUUCAAAUUUGCUUUUCUCUUAUUCUCUGGUUUGUCUUUCGACUUUUGGGUGAUUAUCUUUUUGUUUUGCUGUUCUCAAGGAGAAGCAAAGAAAAGAUUUUUCCAUCAUGACUUAUCCACCAGAUGAUAGAGAAUUUGUUCCACCAGAAUGGAUGCAACUUCCAAAUGAUAUUCAAUUGCCAUCUUCCUUUCGUAUGCACAAUCUUAUUGAAAAAACUGCUCUAUUCAUAAGUAAACAUGGCUCCCAAAUGGAGAUACUUGUUAAAGCCAAACAAGCCAAGAAUCCACAGUUCGAUUUUCUUGAGUUUGACUCACCUUUGAAUAAAUAUUAUAAACAUUUGGUCUCUUCUAUGAAAUCUGGUGAUUAUCUGUCUAAUUUGGAGCGGCAAAAUGAUUCCGGAGGAUCUGAUGAUGAGGAUCAUUAUCUUCAUCCAAGUUUACUUGGAUCAGCAGCCAAAGUGAAUAAAAGUCCAGAGAAAUUGUUUCUUCCCCAAUUACCUGGAGUACCAGAUGAGAAUAGUUCUUAUUCCCAACUAGUCAAAAGUUUAAAGGAUAAAAUCAUUCGAGAGCCUGAGAAAAAACCGGAAGAAGAUCAAUCCGGUCAAACGGGAAACAGUAAUGUAAACAAUUCCAAUGAUCAAUCAGCCAACAGUGACUCAUCUAAUAGUAAACGUGAUUCAAUUUCUAUACUUCCAUCACCUCCACCAGAAGUACAACUUUAUAUCGAUAAAUUAGCAGAAUAUGUUGCACGUAAAGGUGAAGAUUUUGAGAAAACAAUUCGAAAACGAAAUGAAGCAAGAUUCGAGUUUCUCAAUCCAGGUAACAUUUAUCACUGUCACUACAUCAAGCGAAAGUUACACCUUUUGGAUGAAAAAAGACAAGCCCAGGCUUCGGAUAUCAUGAAAUCGACCUCGGUCACUGUUGAUGAUGAUUCCGUCAAAGGUCCAGUAAGUUUCAGUUUACCACCGCGAGAGAAUAAGAAAACUGUUCUUGUCAAUGAUGAUGCAAGUCCUGAUCAAUUGGAUAGAAGAAAAGAUAAACCUCAUCAGCACGAUAGCGAUAGUGAUCUAGAAGAUCAAAUUUGUAGUGAGAUGAGCCAAAGUUCGGUGUCGAAGGAGAAACAAGAGGAAAGACGACGAAAAGCGGCUCUUUUUUUAACCUUAUUGAAAAAGAAACAAUCGGAAGCAAAUAAGACCGAAACGAAAGAGAAAGAAACAGACGAAAGUGUUCAAAAAAAUGGUACCAAUAGAAAAGAAGAUCGUAUUACAGAUUCGGCGAAUAUCAGUCCACUCAACAUCUCUCUUUCGCCCACAAUUGAGGCGGUAACUUCUCCCGCUUCUUUUUCAAAGAAUAAGGAUGAUAGUAGUUCCGAUUUGGAAAAUUCGUCAAAAGAACGUGCCAAUUCUGAGUCAGUUAAACCUUCGUCGUCUUCACUGUUACCCUUUAAAACGAGUGACCGAUCAAAACGAGAUAAAUCAUCGUCCUCAAGUCCAUCAUCAAGUAAUUGCUCUAAACACAGUUCUCACCACAAAUCCCACCAUCGCCAUCGGCACCAUCACCCUCAUCAUCACCACCCCCAUCAUGGUCAUCACCAUGGUCAUCAUCAUCAUCCACCCGCGUUACCACAUCAUCACCUUGGUCACCAUAAACAUCAUCGACAUCAUCACCCUCACCACCACCACCACCACCAUCAUCGUCGUCGUCAUGGUGGACGGCGACGGUCACAUUCGCGUUCACGUUCACGUUCAUACUCUCGAUCUCGAUCCCGAUCUCGUUCUCGAUCUAAGUCUAGAUCAUCAUCAAGGUCCAGGUCACACUCACGAUCUCCUCGUAGAAAAUCUCGAAAACGUCGAUGUUCUUAAAGCAAUUUAUUAUCAUGAAAAAUUUGCAAAUUUCGUAAAUAAUUGUUGAUAUAAUUAACUUUGUGUUUAUCGCCUCACAACAAUUAAGUUUAUCCAUUUGGUUGAAUUUUCUGUCUCUAAAUUCCGUUUUCUUUUCCCACUUUCUAAACAUAAUUCAUGUAAUAAUAAUAUUCAACUCGACUAACUAAUUGAUCCGUGAUAACUAAUAAUCCAAUGAUUCUGUAAAUAUAAGAACAUAUUUUUGUCGAAAAUUUUCCUUCGCUCAAUUUAAUUUAUCAAAAUAACAGAACAAUUUAAACUCCAACUUUCACUCAAAUCUUCAGGUAAAUGUAAUUCACUAGACCAUUAAAAGUCAACCUCAGAUGUU